UGCCCAUCCCUGUUUCAAUGCCACCUUCCAUUUCAGAAGUCAACAAAAUCCUGCACCAGCACCUAGGGGCCCCUGAAGAGCGUCUGGCACUCCACAUCCUCAGGACUCAAGGGUUGGUCCCGGAACACGUGGAAACGAGGACUUUGCACAGCACCUUCCAGCCCAACAUUUCCCAGGGAAAACUUCAGAUGUGGGUAGAUGUUUUCCCCAAGAGUUUGGGACCACCAGGCCCUCCUUUCAACAUCACACCCCGGAAAGCCAAGAAAUACUACCUACGUGUGAUCAUCUGGAACACCAAAGACGUUAUCUUGGAUGAGAAAAGUAUCACUGGAGAGGACAUGAGUGACAUCUACGUGAAAGGCUGGAUUCCUGGCAAAGAAGAAAACAAACAGAAAACAGAUGUCCAUUACAGGUCCUUGGAUGGUGAAGGGAAUUUUAACUGGAGAUUUGUUUUCCCAUUUGACUACCUCCCCGCUGAACAACUCUGUAUUCUUGCUAAAAAAGAGCAUUUCUGGAGCAUUGACCAAACAGAAUUCCGGGUCCCACCCCGACUGAUCAUUCAGAUAUGGGAUAACGACAAGUUUUCCCUGGAUGACUACUUGGGUUUCCUGGAACUUGAUUUGCAUCACACCAUCAUUCCAGCAAAAUCAUCAGAGAAAUGUAAUUUGGACAUGAUUCCAGACCUCAAAGCCAUGGACCCCCUUAAAGCAAAGACCGCCUCACUCUUUGAACAGAAGUCCAUGAAGGGAUGGUGGCCAUGCUACACAGAUAAAGAUGGCACCCGUGUGCUGGCUGGGAAAGUCGAGAUGACACUGGAGGUCCUCAAUGAGAAGGAGGCCGACGAGAGGCCAGCCGGGAAGGGGCGGGACGAACCCAACAUGAACCCCAAGCUGGAGCCACCAAACCGGCCCGAGACCUCCUUCCUCUGGUUCACCAACCCGUGCAAGACCAUGCGGUUUAUCGUGUGGCGCAGGUAUAAGUGGGUCAUCAUCGGCCUGCUCAUCCUGCUCAUCCUGCUGCUGUUCCUGGCGGUGCUCCUCUACUCGCUGCCGAACUAUUUGUCAAUGAAGAUUGUGAAGCCAAAUGAAUAAUAAAAGCAAAGUCUUCUUUUCAAGAGUCAUUCAUCAAUGAGGGAAUCUUGCCUCUGUUUGUAGACCAAAUUCAAAUGUGACUGUUUGGAUCUAAUACCAUAGCCCACUGGCAUGUUGCACUACUUUACCAAAGCCCAUCAGCUCCCAGGGGGUCUAAAUCCUGGAAAGCCAGGCCAACAAGCAAUAUUUUUAACUUUUAGAGUAUUGAAAGUUUUAUUUUCUCAUGUUUUUAACCAUGUUUUUCAGAAUAUUUUUCAAGGUGGCUGGUUCCAUUUAAAAAUCAUCUUUUUAAUGUGUUCUCCAUUCUAUGAAUCAAGUUUUGGAAAUUGCUGAGAUGGAAUUUGAAAGCUUCUUGCUGUCAUUAUACUUCUUAUUUGUAAUCCAAAGAAAAGACUGCAUUGUAAAAAUAGUUAGACUAGUUGGAGUAAUUCUUAUUUAUGACUGUAACAUGUUAUGGUAUUUUAUAUGGAUAAACAUCAUAAGAUUAUAUUCAAUCUCUGUGAUGAAUGCAAAUAAAAAUGUUUCACCUUUUACACAUAGCUGUUUGUUA